AUGAGUGCUCGAAUCCGCAGUGGGGAUGCAGGGGCAUUGUCGGAAGCAGAUUUUGAGGAGGCCUUUGAGAAGAUCCCACAUAUGGUGGUGAGUUUUUUACAGCUAUUUCAGGUGUCCAUAUACUUUUUACGAGCGAUAAAUAUUUUAUAUUUUAGCCUCUGAUACCCCGAGAUUUGGACAAGAGAUUCCAAGCUAUUGCGAAGUCGCUAAACAAUGAAGCAGCUAACUGGAUGACGACUUGCGCCUCAGUAAGGCUAUUUCAUUUGUUUUUUAUUGUUUUAGGUAAAAAGUCGGAUAGAAAUGGAUUCUGAGACAUCUGUCUCAUGUAUAAUAUAAAUUGAUGGUUGCUUGUGGGAUUUUGAAUCUUCCGAUGAAUAUUAGUUUUGGAAUAGAAUCUGUGAUUGUUGUUCUGUCUUUUAGACCUUAAAUUUUCCGGACGAUUUGUGAAUUACUCUGUCAAAUAUUUAUCUGAUUUUAGUAGAUGGUAAAGUAAUAUAAAAAUCGAAUUUUCUCCGUAAAUUUGAUGGUUUUCUAGGCUGAACUGGGUAUUCAGGGCAUCUAUAUGCUUUGGAAUAGCUAAAAAUUAUUAUUUUCAGCUAGUAGAAAUCAGAUCGAUCGUGAAAUUUGGUGAACUUGAUGGGAAAACCAUUGCAUCGAGAAUGCUGAGUAUCCAAGAUGAGAUUCGCCAAGCAGUCAGUUCUCUUCGCUCGCAAGUAGCACGGGAUGCUUGCAUGACAGUAGCGUACGUUGCUGCCCAGAUUGGGCACGAAUUCAAGUCGCAAUCCGAAGGAUUACUACCGGAUUUACUUCGGCUCUCCGGCCAGUCUACAAAAAUCAUGGCAACAAGUGGAAUUAUAGCCCUCAAGUACAUAUGCAAGGUGGGUUACGGGGGAUCAUUGUCCACAACAUUUUAGGAGAGAGUAAUUUUUCUCAUUUUAGUACAUUCGAAACCCAACCUUCUUGCAAAUGCUCUUCGAGGAACUGAAAAGUAGCAAGAACAAAUUGAUCCGCGCCACGAUCUCGCAAAUGUUAUACACCAUUGUGGAGGAAUGGCCGGAAGAUACGUUACAAAAGAAUGUUCAGUUGUUAUUCCAAGCGUUGGAGAAGGGCUCUGUUGAUGCGGAUCCAACGGCAAGAAAAUUUUCUAGAGAAGCUAUUCAGAUGGCCGAAGCCAAAAUAUCAGGGGUAAGUUCAGGUUUAUUUUGGCGUUUUCUUGACUUUUAGGGAGGAUGAAGAAAAGUUUUGAUUAGAAUGAGAUGAAUAUCCCCGAACUAUAAGUUUUGGGAUAUUACACUAGGCAAAUUUUGAUGAAAAUUAUCGAAAUGGACAAAAUUUUUGAUGAAUUUGAACGGAAGAUGAUACAGAUAGAAUCAUUCAUUAUGUCUAUGGCCAAAGGGGUUCUAAGCAACACUGCAAUUUACUAUAACUGCAGUUUUUCAUUUUACACUAGGCAUUUUUGAUAAAAGUUGAUGUAUUUUAACGAUUGCUUGACUUAUUGUUAUAUCACACAGAUUUUUAUAGAUGUGAUAAGCCGCUUUACGGCGCUGUUUAGUUUAUUUUCAUGUAUUUUCGCUAAAAUUUUUCUUAUUUUAGUUCUCGGCGAUGUCUUCGGCUCGUGCUAUUCCCACCGCCAGAACCCGAACUGCACAAUCCACGUAUAUCCCAAUGAGAGCCAAGUCCGACAUGACCUCGCACAAAUUGAGGCAGCCAAUGUCCGCAGCAUCGGCUAGAAUUUUGGCGAAUCAAAGGAAACCGAGCAAUCCAUUACCUACAGGGGGCAAUAUUCCGACGAAAAGUCAACGUAAGUUGAGGAAAACGUUAAAUACAUUGAUGGAAUGAAGGUUUUUGAAUAGGGGAAGUUAUUUGAGGGGAAAAGUGGAAACUUGAGUGGGGUUUUAUCUAGUACAAUAUAAAUUUUGGUUCAAAAUGUGGUCGUAGUGAAUGAAAUGCAAUUACUGAAGGCAGAUGAAGACUUCUUGAGUCUGUUUAAGCUGGUGGAACCUGAAAUUUACAAGUUUUUUCGUAAAAUUUUAGCUAGUGUAAUUCAAUUUUUUGACUAAAAUAAUAUCUGGAAUCUUUGAAAAGUUGAAAUUAGAUGGAUAAAUAGAAACUAGGGACAAAAUGAAGAGUCGGCGUACCUAUUUUUCUUAAUUUAUUAUUGUUUUUUUUUUUGAUAUUGUACUACAUAUAAUUUUUAAAAAAUUUUCAGCAAGCAGCCGGAACGCCUCCCCGAAACGCCAACGCCCCACUCCAACCCAAACACCCAUCCAAACAUCCUCCAGCAGCUCAGCCAUCCGAUCUCGAGUCCUCAACGAACGCCGCAUCAACGGAAACGGAGGCUCGGCCGUUGUCCCGCCACGCCCGGUCAAUGGCGACAUGAAGGGUCGACAGCAACCAUUCAGACAAGUCUCAGAGCCAAAGAUCCACCAUGUAAGACAGAUGCGAUCCCCAUCCCCGACCAAAGUCGCCAAUGGAAAUUCUGAGGUGAGAUUUUGAUGUUUUUUUUGUUGUUUUUUUAGGAUGGAGAAGGUGUUUUGAACAAGAAUUUUUACCUUGUUUUAGCAAAAAUUCUAUCCGUUUUUUUCUGGUUUUUAUGGAUUUCGGAUAAUAUUUUGAGUUUUCCCUUACGUAGGUUCUGUUUUAUGGCUUCCCAAAGCGCUUAAAUUUGGCCUCAUGGGGUUGAGAAAUGUCCUUCCUGAGAAAAUUUGUUAUUGUUGGCAUGAUUAUUCUUGGCUUCUAGGGGGUUUGAAAUGCAUUUUUGAGUGAAUUUCGGACGUAAUUUUGGGAAAAUUUUGAGAUUUUUGAAAAUUUUUAGAUGGAAGUGUCUAGUGUAAUAUAAUAUUUUUGUUUUUUGUGUUGAAAACAAACGUUUCGGGUAUAAAAAGUGAUUGUUUUGCAAAAAAAAUAUGGGUUCCGAGGUAAAACUUGAUUUUUUUCAUCGAAAAAACUGUUGUUUUGACGAAAUUUUUUGUUUGCGGGCUAAAAUUUUGAUUAUUUUGUAAAGAGUCUUGAUUUUUUUGCUAAUAAUUUGAUUUUCAGGGUGGUCGACGAACCCCGUCAAACCUCCGACAACCCUCGGCCAUCAUUACCCCCUCCAAAAAUACGACUCCAGUCUAUCGACCUCAGCAACGGACUGUGACACAACUGACCAGCCAAAUGUCCUCCAUGUCCGUGUCGGACCGAAAUGGAACCGAGGAUGUGCACGGGUUGUUGAUGAAGACCCAACCCCGAACUGACGGUAGCCUGCUCUCGAACCCCGAAGCCCGAGAGGCCCUGGAUCAGCUGGCCCGAUUGGUGGGCGACAACAAGGUCAUCCAGAUGGAUUAUUACUUCCCUCAGAUGUUCAGCCGCGCCCUCGACCUCGCCUGCAACCCGGAUGUGGAGAAUCUGGUCCGCUGCGCCGCCGUCAGACUGGUCAAGGCCCUGGUGAAGCAAUCAAAAGGAAUCUCCCAGCGAAUUAACACCUUAAUCACCGAGAUUUUGAACCUGGAAGAGAAUGAGCUCCAAUUGCACAAGGAAGUCGAGGAUUUAUACGUCGAAAUUUCCAAUUCCAUCCCCAGUCAUGUGAUCCUACCGACGUUGUUGAACUUGGUGAAGCAAACCAAGCCCACAGACCCCACCAAGAAGGUCUGCGCCAAACUCAAGUUACUGCCCUAUGUGUUGCAUAAAACGGACCCGGACUCGGUGGAAAGCAUGGUCGAUGAAGUGGUCCCAGUACUUUGUCAGGUGAGCUGGGGCUUUUUUUAGGAGGAGGAGAACUCCGUAUAUCGUGAAGGGAUGGUGUAUGGAGAUGGGGAUGAAAACAGGAUUUUUUUGGACAUCGUUGUGAUUUUUGAAAUGAAGUUGGGGUUUUUUUAGGUGGAAUGAAUAGUUUAGGGAAUGAGGAAGAGUUUGAUAGGGCAGUGGUGGGAGAGAGAAUUUUAGUGGGAACCCUUUUUUCUUUUCUUUUUUUUUUGGAUUUUUUGGAGGAAAAAGUGAGGGUUUUUUAUGGAAUUUUCUUUUUCGGGGGAAAAUUUUUAAAAAAAAUUUUAUUGAAUGAGGAAAUUUAGGGAAGGCAAAAUGUUUUAUAAAGUCAGUAGAGGUAGAUGACGUGAUUUGAAGGGAACAUUUUGGAUUUUUUUGAUGGAAAAAAUUUGAUUUUUUAAUGAAAUUUUGGGAUUUUUUGGGAAUUUUCCGUUUUUUUUUUGAGGAAAUUGAGAUUUUUUUUUGAAUGAGGAAGAUUGUAAAAAGCCUCAAAGAUGCUAAAUUGUAUAAGGAAGGAUAUAAUUGGGUUUUUUACGGAAAAAAUUUUGGGGAUUUGAAAAAAAAUUCCGAUUUUUUGUUGUAAAAUUGACAAAAUAAAGGAAAUCUGAUUGAAUUGGGUAAAAUACGCUUCGUUGUCUCGCCAACUUUAAUUUAAUUUUCUAAUCCUGCCGUAUUUCAGAUCUACGAGUCCUCGAAUGCCAGCACCGUCCGCCGCGAUUGUGUCAUCUGCUUGAUUGUGUUCAAAAACAAGGUGGGAAUGGAAAGAUUGAACCAAAUAUUGAACACCACCCUCGAGAAACUGGUCGAUGCCUACAGUAAACGUCAUAAUAUGGCAGUGUGGAAAUGA